GGAGAGAACAAGAACAAUCAAUCGUUGAUCAGAUGUAUUUCAUUUAGAAGCAAAGACGCAAGCUUGUAUUUGGUUGAACUACGAAUUAUGGUAGCACACUUUUGACAUUGAUGCAUUGGGGUCUUUGGUUGUAGCCUGGAGACCACAAAUGCCAAAACUUGGUUAAAUGCGAAGAUACCCCUUAGUUUUGUUCUGAGGCUGGGUAGACUCAGAACCCGGGUGCGCUGGCGGAACCUUAUACUCCCGGGAUAGCUCCCUUAUCUUAGGCAUGUAUGAUGCACUGGAUGGAUUCGAGCCAGUAAGGUCUGGUAAAGAAGUUUCUGUCUCGACCAAAUUUUGUAGUUGCUACUAACAUCACUUCAGUCUAAAGUUUCAUAUGGAAUUUCGUUUGAAUACUUUUCUGCUAUUAAGUAUCAUUAUCAUUGUAAUCAAGUGGUUCACCACUUCAAUUUAAAUAGCUUGCGCCCCAGAUCGCCGGUACAAAGAGUGGUGCGUGGGGGAAGGAGAGGCGAAGCUAAGAAAAACCCUAAUUUCCGUCUGCAGGUCGUGUUGUGAAGCAGCACAAUGUUGUGGAGGAAUAACUUCACUGUGUUGCUACAACGUGGACAACACAAUUGUUGAACGAAUCACUUUAACAUGUUGCGCUAGAUAUCGCUCUAGAGACGUAAGCUAGAUAUCACUCUAGGGAUAGGACUGUCAAUAGUUUAAUUCAAAAUUCUCAACACACAAGAUCUAGUCCAUUUAUUUGAUAGGUAUGUGUACAUAGUCCCAUUACAUAGGUAGAAAUUGAACGGCUGCAUGAACCUUCAAUACUUAGCUCUACUUACAACUAGAGUGUAGAGCACUACAUAAGCUAGGAAAAGAACUACAAAUAAUCUAGUCACAACUAAUACUAGAAUAGUACAACACAUAUAACUAAAUGACCAUAUUAUCUAGAAUAUAGUAGAAGUGUGUAGAACCUAGUGCGGAUUUUACUUACUAGUAAAACUGCAUGUGUUUUGCACGUAAAUAUGUACGAUAUUAUUUUACCUUACUAAGGCAUAAUAUUAAUAAAAUAAUAAUACCUGCCAUAAUUCAGAAGUUGGGUACCAUGGUUAUUUCUCGGUUAUUUAGAAUUAGCAACUUUGGUUAACUGUGAUUACGAGAAGGAAGCAAAUUUGGUGCACAUGACCAUCAGUGUUUCCAGUUUUUAAAAUAUUUAAAAGGUGUGCGUCUGCAUUUUUAAAAAUUGUCACAAUUAUUCCAUGAAUACAUACACAUGUCCUGAAUAUUUGUGUGAAGUUUCGGUAGAAAUUGCAUUGGAUAAAAGAGGCAGCAAAGAUCGGAGUAUUUAUUUUCCUAAGUCAAUGUAGAAGAAAGGAGUAAUAUGGGUUCCAAAAAAAUUAGAAUUUAUUUUAGAGUAUGCAUUAGUAUUUUUAUGGAUAAAAGAGUCGACAAACGACAAAACAGUUAUUUUUAAAGUAGAGGUGCGGAAGACUAAUGUAAACGCCGAGAAUAAUUACUAUUAGAUGAGUAAUGUCCCUCAGAACUGUUGGGUAGCUAAGUAUACUUAACAAUCUUGAAAAAAUAGUGUUAAAUAGUUAGUAGUGUCAGAAAAGUACCGCCAAAGUUAAAGAUUUUUAAUUACGGGAAUAUAAAAUUAGAAGAACUAUAAGAAAAUUAUAAAAAGCAAAAAAAAAGUCAAAUUGGGUCUCUUCAUGGUACGGAUUCGUGGGAUGCACUCGAGGCUAAAUUUGGGGUUUUGGGUGUGUAUAUCAUGGAACAAUACUAUGAUUAUAAGAUGACUAGUGAACUCUCCGUUGUUGAGCAAGCUCGUGAGAUACAGUCACUUGCCAAAAAAAUUGAGCAGUUUAAGUGUCCCUUACCAGACAAGUUUGUGGUUGAUGGCAUUAUUGCCAAGAUUUCUUCUUCAUGGAGGAACUUUGCUACUUCUCUGAAACAAAAGAGACAAGAGUUUUACGUUUCGGAUCUCAUUGGGUCUCUUCAUGUGGAAGAUGCAAGAGCAUAGGACAUCACUUGCUUGAGGAUUUGAGGGAGAUUAUAGUGCCAAUAUGGUACAAAAGAAAAACUUACCAUCCCACAAAUUCAAGAACAAGAACAAAUCUGAAGACAAUGACAAGUUUGAUGGAAAGAACAAGGCUUCACACUCAACCAACUUUAAGAAGAACACUGAUAGAAAGAAAGGGGCUUGCCACAUCUCUGGUGAGCUCGAUCAUUGGGCUCCUAAUUGCCUGAAUCGCUAUGACAAGCGUGGGAAUGGCAGCAAGACCGCAAAUGUUAUUAUUGGUGGUGAUACUGAGAUGAAGGACGUUGGGUGCGGCCGCAAGGACUUGCUUUGUGCUGAUGGAAAAUGGCUUACGUGCUUCUGUUCAUGGUGUUGGUACGGUAAAUUUGAAGUUAACUUCGGGAAAGAAAUCUAGCUGAAGAAUGUGCAGCACGUUCCCUCCAUCAAUAAGAAUCUCGUCAGUAGAUCGCUUUUAUGUCGACAUGGUUUUAAGUUUGUUUUUGAGUUCAAUAAAGUUAUAAUUUCUAAGUAUGGACAAUUUUUUUGGAAAGGAUUAUGAGUGCAGAGGCUUGUUCUUAUCUUCGUUAGACUUAUGUACUCAAAUUAUUAAUAAUAUUUGCAAUGACAGUGAGUUUAA